CAGUGAUGGGGAAGUGUGGUUCACGUGUGGUUAUCAUACCACGAUCAGCAUUGUUUUGAUCAAGAUGGUGACAGUUGCUCGGGUCCUGGACAACUGAUUGGCCACUGUGGGACUUCGGAUCCAAAGGGACUUUAGUGUAUCAUAUCAUAACCACAUGCAUGUAGUUGUGGUCUCAGUUGCUCCCCGCCCCCCAGAGCCUGAGAGUCAACAGCCGAGACAGGAAGCACGAGCACUUUCACCGGAAAGGAGGCGCAGCGCUCAUCGUCGCCUGAGAGCUGCUGUAAUGGCGGUGUCUCGUCGCUCCUCGCAGCAGCAGAGCACCUUACAGUCCCCGCCGAGGAACAGCUCUCUGUCGGGCGCCCCGGCUCCGGCGUCUCCGCCGAUGGCGCUGCUCGCGUCGGCGGCCGGGCCCCCGGAGAGCGAGAGGGAAUGCAGCGGGGGGAUCGAGGCGGCCCUGGCCUCCCCGGACCCGUCGGCCACUGUCCUGGCGAGCAGCGCGAGCUCCACCACGACAACCUCUGGCGGCGGCUGCGGCGGCAGCAGCAGCAGCGUCUCGAGCCCCGGCUCCGGAGCGACCAGUCCCGCCGACGGCAGCAGCAGCAGCAGCAGCGGCGGCGGCGGCGGCAUCGGCGGCGCGUUCCGGGAGCUGUUCGAGGCCUGUCGCAACGGAGACGUGUCCCGGGUGAAGAGGCUGGUCGACUCGGUGAACGUGAACGCGAAGGACAUGGCUGGUCGGAAGUCGACUCCCCUCCACUUCGCUGCGGGGUUUGGCAGGAAAGAUGUGGUGGAGCACCUGUUGCAGACCGGGGCCAAUGUCCACGCCCGGGACGACGGUGGACUCAUUCCCCUGCACAAUGCAUGCUCCUUUGGCCAUGCAGAAGUUGUCAGCCUCCUUCUGUGUCAGGGCGCCGACCCCAACGCCAGAGACAACUGGAACUACACGCCGUUACAUGAGGCGGCCAUCAAAGGAAAGAUAGACGUGUGCAUUGUGUUACUUCAACAUGGAGCCGAUCCAAACAUCCGCAACACUGACGGCAAAUCAGCUCUGGAUCUGGCUGACCCGUCAGCCAAGGCUGUUCUCACUGGUGAAUACAAGAAGGAUGAACUUCUGGAAGCAGCAAGGAGUGGAAAUGAAGAAAAGCUGAUGGCACUGCUGACUCCCUUGAAUGUCAACUGUCAUGCCAGCGAUGGCCGCAAGUCAACAUCCCAAAAAAUGCUGUCGACUCCCCUCCACCUGGCUGCCGGCUACAACCGGGUCCGCAUCGUUCAGCUCCUCCUUCAGCACGGAGCAGACGUUCACGCCAAGGACAAAGGUGGCCUGGUUCCUCUUCACAACGCCUGCUCCUAUGGUCACUUUGAGGUCACUGAGCUUCUGCUUAAACACGGAGCCUGCGUGAACGCCAUGGAUUUGUGGCAGUUCACUCCUCUCCACGAGGCUGCGUCCAAGAACCGAGUGGAGGUCUGUUCCCUGCUGCUGAGCCAUGGGGCUGAUCCCACCCUUCUCAACUGCCACAGCAAGAGCGCAGUGGACAUGGCCCCCACCCCCGAGCUUAAAGAGAGGCUCACCUACGAGUUCAAAGGUCACUCACUGCUGCAGGCAGCCCGGGAGGCAGACGUGGCCAAAGUGAAGAAGACUCUGGCUCUGGAGAUCAUCAGUUUCAAACAUCCUCAGACUAAUGAGACGGCUCUGCACUGUGCCGUGGCGUCCCCGCACCCGAAGAGGAAGCAAGUGACUGAGUUGUUGCUGCGCAAAGGUGCCAACAUCAAUGAGAAGAACAAAGAUUUCAUGACUCCUUUGCACGUUGCUGCCGAGAGAGCCCACAAUGACAUACUGGAGGUGCUGCAGAAACAUGGAGCAAAGGUAAAUGCUGUGGACACACUAGGUCAGACUGCUCUUCAUAGAGCGGCGCUGGCUGGUCACAUCCAGACCUGCAAGCUGCUGUUGAGCUACGGGGCCGACCCCUCCAUCGUAUCUCUGCAGGGCUUCACUGCUGCUCAGAUGGGCAACGAGGCUGUACAACAGAUUCUCAAUGAAAAUGUUCCCACGCGUAAUUCUGACGUGGACUACAGGUUUCUGGAGGCGGCUAAAGCAGGAGAUCUGGACACAGUGCAACAACUGUGCACCCCUCAGAAUGUAAACUGCCGGGACCUGGAGGGCCGCCACUCCACUCCUCUCCACUUCGCAGCCGGUUACAAUCGAGUGGCUGUAGUUGAAUACCUGCUGCACCACGGAGCUGAUGUCCAUGCCAAAGACAAGGGCGGUCUGGUGCCCCUCCACAACGCAUGCUCCUAUGGUCAUUAUGAAGUGGCUGAGCUGCUGGUCAGACACGGAGCUUCAGUCAAUGUGGCCGACCUGUGGAAGUUCACACCGCUUCACGAGGCCGCAGCCAAAGGCAAAUAUGAGAUCUGCAAACUGCUGCUCAAACACGGAGCCGACCCUUCCAAGAAGAACCGCGAUGGCAACAUGCCGCUGGAUAUGGUGAAAGACGGAGACACAGACAUACAGGACCUUCUGAGGGGCGACGCCGCCCUGCUGGACGCUGCCAAGAAGGGCUGCCUGGCCCGAGUCCAGAAACUCUGCUCCCCAGAGAACAUCAACUGCAGAGACACGCAGGGGCGCAACUCCACACCACUCCACCUCGCAGCCGGCUACAACAACCUUGAGGUGGCAGAGUAUCUGCUGGAGCACGGGGCUGAUGUCAACGCCCAGGACAAAGGAGGCCUUAUCCCUCUUCAUAAUGCUGCUUCUUAUGGGCAUGUGGACAUUGCGGCGCUACUAAUCAAGUAUAACACAUGCGUGAAUGCCACGGACAAAUGGGCCUUCACCCCCCUCCACGAGGCAGCCCAGAAGGGUCGCACACAGCUCUGUGCACUGCUGCUGGCGCAUGGAGCCGACCCCACCAUGAAGAACCAAGAGGGCCAGACUGCUCUGGACCUGGCCACGGCUGAUGAUAUCAGGGCCCUGCUGAUGGACGCCAUGCCACCAGAUGCGCUGCCCAGCUGCUUCAAGCCCCAGGCCACAGUGGUCAGCGCAUCCGUCAUCUCCCCUGCCUCCACACCGUCCUGUCUGUCGGCCGCCAGCAGCAUAGACAACCUGGCCGGGCCGCUCACCGAGCUGGCGGCGGCAGCCGCCGCCAGCUCCUCCGGAGUGGCAGACGGAGCCUCAGGCACUGACCGCAAGGAAGGGGAAAUGACGAUGCUGGACAUGAACAUAAGUCAGUUCCUGAAGAGCCUGGGUCUGGAGCACCUAAGGGACAUCUUUGAGAGGGAGCAGAUCACCCUGGAUGUGUUGGUGGACAUGGGUCACGAGGAGCUGAAGGAAAUCGGAAUUAACGCCUAUGGCCACCGGCACAAGCUCAUCAAGGGUGUUGAGAGGCUGCUGGGCGGCCAGCAAGGUGCCAACCCAUAUCUGACAUUCCACUGUGCCAACCAGGGCACCAUCCUAAUCGAUCUGGCCCCAGACGACAAGGAGUACCAGUCUGUGGAGGAGGAAUUGCAGAGCACCAUCCGAGAGCACAGAGACGGAGGCAACGCUGGGGGUGUGUUCAGCAGAUACAACAUCAUCAAGAUUCAGAAGGUGGUAAACAAGAAGCUGAGGGAACGUUACACCCACAGGCAGAAGGAAAUCGCAGAUGAGAACCACAACCACCACAAUGAGCGGAUGUUGUUUCAUGGUUCCCCAUUCAUCAAUGCCAUCAUCCACAAAGGCUUUGAUGAGCGCCAUGCCUACAUUGGAGGCAUGUUUGGGGCAGGGAUCUACUUUGCGGAGAACUCCUCCAAGAGCAACCAGUACGUCUACGGCAUCGGUGGAGGCACAGGCUGCCCGACUCACAAAGACCGCUCCUGCUACCUGUGCCACAGGCAAAUGCUGUUCUGCCGAGUGACCCUGGGGAAAUCCUUCCUACAGUUCAGUGCCAUGAAGAUGGCCCACGCUCCCCCGGGGCAUCAUUCAGUAAUCGGGCGGCCCAGCGUUAACGGCCUAGCCUACGCCGAGUACGUCAUCUACAGAGGAGAGCAGGCCUACCCAGAGUACCUCAUCACUUACCAGAUCCUUAAACCAGAGAGCGCAGCCCAGUCAGCCGCAGGAGCUGAGCAGAAGUCAUAGUUACUUCACGUCGCUCACGCCUGUGAUGCCUGUUAUUUUCUCCUUUGUAUUGCAAAUGCAUAAACACCUUUUAUUUACCAAACACAUUUCCAGUCUCUUGUCCAGUAGAAGCCAUGGUGACCAGUGUUUUAUGAGCAGAUAUGCUGUAUAAUACUCUCCUGCUCGUGGUGAUGACUCUUUUUUUUUUUUUUUUUUUUGCAUCGACUGCAUGUUUAUACAGAAGCAUGUAAGGGUUAGUCCCCCGCCCUCCUCCUCAUCAAUCAGGAGGUUGCCUGUAGAGACUUUGAAGUAUCAGCAUUAACAGUUUGCCACUCUUAGCCGCAUUGUAACUGUGGUGAAUCACCGAUCACACACACACACACACACACACACACACACACACACACACACACUUACUGUCUCACUGUCGGAGCCUGAAGCCUGUGGACUACUACUGGCCCACCGUAUCUGGGUUCAUUAUGUACUGAAUGGCCUCUAGUUACUGUGAUUUCAAUGCUAACGUGUAACAUUACCGAAAGGUAACAGUGCGUUGUUGCUACGCUGAAAUAGUGACAUUUCAAUCAUUCGCCCCCCAAGAACACUACAAACACUGAACAGAAAUCUGAAAAUGCUUUUUCGUGGUUUUGUUCAGGACUGGACGCGCUAGAUAGAGAGAGGGGCUCUCUGUCAAAUCACAAGAGUUGAGACUUUUAGUGUCAAAAUAAUAUUGAUUUGUAUGAGAGCAGACGUGAACUACUGAGAUUACGUCUGCUCAGUGCAAUGUAAGGCAUCAUAAUUCCACUUAUCGUGGCUGUUGUAUAUUAAAAGCAUUGUAUAUGACCGUGUUUUAAACAGUAGAGCUGGUAAAUGUCGAAAUUGGAUUGUGAUGCCUCACAAGUCAUCAAAAGCAACCUUCCGUUGCCAUGGUCUUACAGACAUCCCACGCAUAAGGAUUUUGCACUUUUACUUAGAGACCUAUUUAAGUUAUUUUGAAUUUAAAUUGCAAAUUUCGCGGGAAAAAAAAUAUUUGUACAGGUUGUGUAAAUGGUUGUGUAUAACUGUCGCUGUUUAACAGUACCCUUUGAGUUUAACUGUAAAUGACAUCUGAAUUUUUCUGUUCAUGCCUUAUUGUUUCUCCCAACUUUUUUUUUAAAUAAAUGUCCCAUUAACAGCU